AUGAAAACUCAAGAAAACCAAAGUUCCGUCCCAGUAUCACAAAUGAUAUCUGAAAGUCACACAAUGGAUAUAAUAUUUAUGUGGCUACAUGCUUGGAGUAAAAACAAUCCUGUCCCUGAUGAGGUCAACUUGGACGACUCUUCCGCUUUGAUUGGUGCCACAGUAAAGGCAUUUACUAAAUAUGAUAGUACUGCUGACUAUGUCCAAGCUUCAUACACAAGAUUAGAACAUGGAGAAAGUUGUAAUGAUAAAUGCUACAUACGUAUUGACACAAGUCAUUUUAUUAAAAUUCUAUUCAAUCUAUCGUGUUUUACACAUUCCGAUAACAGAGUGAAUUUUUUUUAUAUAAAAUGUCUAAUUGAGUUAAAAAAUUGCGAUGAUUAUGUUAAAGCCAAAGAUAUUAUAUCAGAUUUGAUUAUUAUAUGCUUAAAUCAACGAGAUGGUAUGAACAGCCAUGGAAUUCCUUCCAGAUGCGAAAAUUCCAAAAUCAAACUAAAAAAGCUUCCAUCAUUUCGUGAAAAGGAUACUGAAAUCAAAAUCGAAGAUGGUGACCAAUUGAAUGCAACUAUUGCUAAUCCAAAAGAAUCAUUAUUUAAAGACACUAUUAACGUUACAAACCGUGAAAAUACAGCAUUAUCUGAACAAAAAUCUCCUAAAUGGUUUUACGAUAAAAUUGAUGCUGAAAAGUUAAUUAUUACUUUAAGUGAUGAUAAUGAUGUAGGCAACCACGAAAAUCUGUACUACUUUCCAGGUUUUAUUGUUGUUUUAUCACGUUUAAUGGGUCAGUUUCCAUUGUGGUCCAAUGUAAUGAAAAGUCUUUAUGGAUCAAAGAUAGACAAACCUACAUCUUCUAACGUAGAAUCAUACUUCAAGAACUUGAAAAGGCUUGUUUUUAAGAUCGAUAGUAAGUCUCAUAGAUUACGAGUUGAUGAAUUCAUAACGGAGCAUCAUAAAUAUCUAACCGGAGAGUUGAAAAUCGCCAAUAGCAAUAUAACAGCUCAAAAGAAAACACCAAGAAGUCAAAAGAAAAAAGGGGAAGCAAAAAGUAAAAAUAUUGAUAAAAUGAUAUUAAAAUUUAGAGAUGACUCAGUUUUCUCAGAACAUCCAAGUCUGAUAGAGAAUUGGAAAGGAUUAGGUAUGGUAAAAAAUGUAAAUAAAGAAAAUCAGCCUAAACAAAAAAGAAUUAUAUUGCUCUCGAACGGCGGCAGAUUUACAGUUGAUAAUGAAAUUGUAGUUACUACAAAUACAUGUGCACUGGACUCCGUUUGUCAAGCAUUAGCUGUAUCAUAUAUUGAAGGAAGUACAAUAAAUCAAAUAAUACAAGAAAGUAACCACAUGCUUUGCCAGCUUAUAAAAUAUGAAUUGAUUUCUGUGUAUGAAGCACCUGUAAGAUUAGUUUUUAAGGAUAUUGAAUAUGAGCUGCUUUCAGUUAUGGAAUUUGUUCCACCUGCUGUUGGUGAAAUGGGCCACUAUAAAGCACACUGUAAGCGUGGAAAUGUAUGGCAAUGCUACGACGAUUGGUUCUCUAUCUGUAGUUCAGUUGCCCCCAAGCGUGUGCCCGCGCCCCCAGUUGUGGCCCCCAAACACGUUACCGCCGCCGCGCGUCGGCACUCUCGCCUGUGGCGCUGUACCGAACCCACCUACGUACCUCGUGUCGGGGAAUAA